UUGUGUCGCCUAAUUUCUCCAUGCGCGAGCGGGACUGCCGCUGCAGUGCAUUUCCGGCGGCGCCGUUCACUUCCGAUCCGAGCAGUAGCUUCGUGCAGAAUGAAUCCUUUUCAUCGUCUUUCUUACAAUUUCAUCAUUGAUUUGAUUGCCCAAAAUCAUGGAAGCUUGCCCAAUUCGAAUGGUAUUCAGAUUAGGAUUAACAAUUUCUCUUAUUCUUUCGUCCGCUGUCCGGUGCCUAUUAUCCGGCGGGAAGUAUGAGCUCAGUCAAACGAACCUCCGAAGCCCAGUUGCUUUCCUCCGGCAAUGUCCACGAUCUGAUCGAUUCUGUCGAGGCCUUUCUCUUCGACUGUGACGGUGUUAUAUGGAAGGCCAAUAAGCUGAUUGAUGGCGUCGCUGAAACGCUUGAAAUGCUUCGGUCUAAGGGGAAGAAAUUGGUUUUUGUCACCAACAAUUCGUCGAAAUCAAGGAGGCAGUAUGUAAAGAAGUUCCAAUCUCUUGGAAUCUCUGUUUCAGAGGAUGAAAUACUUUCUUCCUCUUUUGCAGCUGCCAUGUUCUUGAAAGUCAAUAAUUUCUCUCCUGAAAAGAAGGUUUAUGUGAUAGGCGAAGAAGGUAUCGUAGAAGAGCUUCAGCUAGCAGGAUUCACAGGUCUUGGUGGUCCAGAAGAUGCCAAAAAGACUGCAGAUGUUUAUCUAGACUGCCCAAUUCAGCAGGACAAGAGUGUUGGAGCAGUUGUGGUUGGAUUAGAUCGGUGUAUUAAUUAUUUCAAGCUUCAGUACGCUACGCUUUGCAUUCGUGAGAACGCGGGAUGCCUGUUCAUUGCUACUAAUCGUGAUGCAGUGGGGCAUUUUACUGAAUCACAAGCAACCCCUGGUGCUGGUUGCAUGGUCGCUGCAGUUUGUGGAUCAUGCGAAAGGGAGCCCGUUGUGGUUGGUAAACCAUCAACAUUCAUGAUGGACUGUUUAUUGAAAAAAUUUGAGUUUGGUUGCUCUAGAAUGUGCAUGGUGGGUGAUAGACUGGACACAGACAUUCUAUUUGGCAAGAGCACAGGCUGCAAAACGCUUCUUGUUUUUUCAGGGGUGACUACUCAAUCCAGUCUUCAAGACCCUUCCAAUGAUAUUCAACCAGAUUACUACACAGCCAAGGUGUCUGACUUGUUGGGAUUAUUGGGGCCAUGACCAUAUUUUUGCUGGUUGAGUGAAUAGUUUUUGGUCUAUUAAUAUUUUUUUAAUUGUAUUCAACAUUCUUUCACUAAAUCCUAGAUAUGAAAAUUCUAUA